CGAGCCUGCAGCGUGCCUGCAGCGUGCCUGGCCGCCAGCCGCGCGCGAGUGUGUUCCUGCAGCAUGCGGCAUGCAUGAGUGAAGUGAAGUGCGAGUGCCUGGAUACGUGUGUGCAGUGCAGUGCAGUGAUGUGGCCGAGGUGGUGAGCGAGGGCCCCAAGUCCAUCCCGCCCUCCCCAGGGCCGGCGCGCCCUGCCACCGGCACACUGAAUUUCUCGGACAUCGGCAGCCCGUUCGGAGCGGGUAGCUCUAGCGGCGGCGGCGGCGGCUCCAACACGCCGACACCGACCCCCUUGGGGGCGCCGCUCAUGGGCACCGGCGAGGGGCUGGACGGGCCCCCGCCUGGGCCGCAGCCCCAGCACCCUCACAUGCUGGGGCUCGGGCCGGCCACCCCUCACGACGGCUCGCCGCAGCACCCCAACAAGUCCGCCUUCAUCGAGCUGCAGCAGCAUGGCGUCCCCGGCGGGCCCGUGGGGCCCUACAACCCGGCCCUGCGGUAUCACCCGCACUCGCACCCCUUCCAGCACCAGGGCAUGGGCUCCCCCGGGGGCGGCGGCGGACCCCCUCACCACCCCCACCACCCCCACGAGACGCCACCGCCCUUUGUGUCGUCGCCCAGGUCGGCGUUGUCGGCCUACCCCUUUCCCCCCAUGCACCAGAACUCGUACCCGGGAUACCACCUGGGUUCCUAUGCCCCCCAGUGCCCGUCGCCCGGGAAGGACGACCUCGACGGCACGUACCUGGACGAUAAAUGCCUAGACGACGGCGGACUUCGAGUCAACGGGAAGGGCAAAAAGAUGAGAAAGCCCCGGACUAUCUAUUCCUCACUCCAGCUCCAGCAGCUCAACAGGCGCUUCCAACGGACGCAGUACCUGGCCUUACCGGAGCGGGCGGAGUUAGCAGCAUCUCUUGGACUAACACAAACUCAGGUCAAGAUUUGGUUCCAAAAUCGACGGAGCAAAUACAAGAAGAUGAUGAAGGCGGCCCAGCAGGCGGGCGGCCCCCACAACAACAACAACAACAGCAGUGGCGGCAGCGGCAGCGGGCUGCAGGGCGGACCGCACAACGCACUGCCGCAUAGUCCUCAACCCCCCCACAUGGGAGGUGAGUCCAGCGGCGGAUCCUCGUCCGGCUCGCAGCCCAGCCCCUCGGGCAACUACAUGCCCCACCAGACGCCCACCCCGAGCUCGACGCCAGUCAGCGACAUGUCGCCCGGCCCCCACGGCCUGUCGCAGAGCCCGCCCGUCGGCCCCAUGGGCAGCCCCAUGGUCGGGGUGGGCAGCUGGGACGUCAAGCCCCCCAUGCCCCACCACCCCCAGAGCCACCACCCGCCCCACCAUCCGCCCCACCCGGGCUACGUGACGCCGUACUCGUGGUACCAGGCGGAGCCCAACCCAGGGAUGCUCACAGUUUGGCCAUAACGCCGACCCUGGGGCUUUGCGACGACUGCCAGCGAGUGGCGGCGAUAGUUGGCUGCACUGCAGAGCGACCGCACUGUGGAGGCUGCGGCCCCUUCCGGCUCGGGACGGCCAACCUUGAAGAACGAAAAACAUUGCACGUGACUGAAUGGAACAAAACGAAAAACGAAAUGAAGGAAAAAUUGUGUGGUAGAAGGCGAAGUACUACUUAACGGGCUGGGAGCGGAAAGCGACAUCUCACCUCGGCUCGGUGAGAAUCUAAUCCCAGCGCUCAAUGAUCAAAUCUCGAACUAAUUCGAUCCGAUCGCGUGGGCCUCCUUCGGCCCCCAGGCAACCAAGUUCACUUUCGUCUUGCAGUCCCCCUUUUUUGAUACUGAUUUUUAGUCUGAUGUUUGUAAAUGCCGCGUCUUCGUUGCCCCCUUCAUGUUUGCAUGGAUUGACAAGUACUUACUGAAUCCAAUCAAGUGAUUACGCUUUUUUGUCAAAGAUCGCCGACACUCGCUGGUCACUCGUCUUGUGAUCGAGUCCCGUGGUUGUUGUUGUUGUUUUUGUGAGAUGUGUGGACAACUAAUAGGGAUUUUAAUGGCAUUUAUUUACAAAAUGUUACCGUUCUUGAUACUGCAGACAGUUUAAGGACCUAUGGUGUCGUACGUAUUUGUAAAUAUUGUUAGGAAUUUUUAUUUGUUUUUAAGUCUGAAUGUUAUAAAAAAUACCUAUUAAACUUUAAUUGAAAGUGUGUUUCAAAAUUUUUUACUGUUGAGCGCAACACAGGUACAAACUGUAAUGUGACAAAACACCAAGUGUUUUGAUUGGCUUUUUUGCGAAGACGAGGAGCUAAAAAUCUGUGCGACCUUAGAUAAUAUAUUAAAGAAAUUUGUGCAGGAUUCCAAAGAAAGCAACAAAAAGUAAUAAGUGUAUAUUUGUGAAAGUCAAAUUAUUGUUGUGGAUUUGUUAUUUUAGUAUGUUAAACUUAGUGGAAUGCAAUUUAAAUCUCUUGGACGGAAAUCACAAGCAAGAAAAAGCCAUACUCCCGGCUCCAUGUAAUAUAUUGUAUAUGUAAAGUAUAUGUAUAUUAGGUAAUAAUUGUCAUAGCGAUUUCCGUCCGACGCAUUUACCUUGCGUUUUGCUAGAACAAACUUGAUUUAUAUUAUAAUAUAAAUAGAACCAAAACUA